GAUGUCGGAGUGGGGCGUGGUCGUCGAGUGUGACCUUCUGCGCCCCGAAUCAUUGUCUCAAGACGAGCUAGUCGUGCGUCUGAGGAAGGCUCGCGUUCCGUUCUCCGGGACGAACGCAAGUCGCGACGAUCUGAUUGAAUUGUUCUACAAACACGUCACUCCUCGCCCUCAGAGAAAACUAAAAAACUCAAGAAACGGCAGACGCAUGGAAACAGACGAAAAAAUCGAAAACAAAUCGUCUGCCGUGCACGCCAAGUCAAAUCUUUCUCGUAAAAGACAAAAAGUGUCUCCUAUGCCGGACGACCGGCCUGAAAUGAAACGGAGCAUUCCUGGAGGUGUGACGUCAUCGAGAACAAUUAAUAUUAGACAUCGUGGUGACAAUAUGAGAGUAAUUGGUAAUGAUGAGGCAAAUAUAGAGAGUCAAGGGGUAGUGACAUUGAAUAGGAAGCGAACGGCAUCAGAGGCCAUGUCCGAUCUGAGUCUGUCUCCGGAUUGUAGAGAGGACAGUGCGUGCAAGCGAGCUUUCAAAGUGACACCAAUUGAGUGGCCGUAGAUUUAGUUUUGUGUAUAGAUUUUUUACAAUAUUGAAUUGUAAUAUUGAUUAGUAUUAUUGAAUACAUACAGUGUCACGUGUCUAAGUUAAAUUUCUGUGAUGCACAAUAGUAAAAUCGUAUUUUUCAACCGCAGAAAUAGUAUCAAUAAAAACAGAAAAAAUUGA